AUGAGGUUGGCUUAUCCUGAGUGCAACUUUGACUCCAAACCUAUGCGCCUUCCACAUAGUCUUAAAUGGUGCUUCAUGGGUCACCAGCAGUUUCUUGAUUCGAAGCAUAGAUUUAGAUUGCAACAUAAUCACUUCAAUGGUAAACAAGAAAAGAGAUAUCCUCCUCUUGCUUUAUCUGGCAUUGAUAUAUUUCAACAGCAAGAGGGUGUUGAUGUUGAGUUUGGCAAAAUUGACGAAGUUGAACAAGUGAGCCUCGAUGAUAAGGCAUUAGUAGAUUUGGUUGAUGAUAGUGAAGUUGAUAAUCUUUUUCAGUAUAAUGACACUAGUGCACAUGUGUAUCUAGCAUUGAAGGAGAGUACACCGGAAGUAAUGGAUGAUCCAAAAAUCAUUGACAACUACUUGGGAUUGUCACAACAAAUGUGUUUUUUGUCAAGUAGGGAGAAUAAUAUGGACGGAACAGUUUGUGAUGAAAAUGGGGGUGACUGUGUAAGAGAAGGCGGUGGGGGAUGUCAUGUGAGGCUAGUAAGUACAGUAGAGAUUGCACCAACACCAAUGCCCGAGAUGAAUGCUGUGAAGUGGAAGGAAUUGUUGUUAGGAAAGAAGCAAACUUUUGCAAAUGCCACAGAAUUCAGAAAGGCAGUAUAUAAGUUUAGUAUUGCAGAAAACUUCGAGUACAAAUAUAUCAAAAAUUAUGAGGAAUGUGUGCAUGUGAAAUGCAAAGUUGAAGGUUGUCCUUGGUGGAUAAUAGCAAGAGUAGCUGCGAAGAGAAGUCCUUUCCUCGUUGUAACUCGACUCAGCAAUGAACAUGUGCAUAAUGUCCAAGAGAUGAUGCAAGUUACACAUGGUGGAAGAGCAGCCUUGACAUCAUCAAUUAUCAUUGAGGAGGUAAGGGAUCACACUGAAAAGCAUCCAAAUGAAAUAAGGAGGACCUUGGCAAGGGAUUAUGGUGUGAAGUUGAUAUAUAAGCAAGCAUAUAGGGCUAAGGAAAAAGCAUUAGAGGAAAUACAAGGGAGGCCUGAACAGUCAUACAUGUUGAUACCAUGGAUAUGUCAACGAUUAAAGGAAACCGAUGAGAAGACGGUAGCUGAAUGGGUAGCAACUGUUAACAAUAUAUUUGAGCGUGUUUUCAUAGCAUAUGGUUGUUGCAUAGAGGGUUUUUUGUCUGGAGCAAGACAUAUACUGUACAUAGAUGGAACACAUUUGAGUGGACCAUAUAGGGGAACGUUGCUAUCAGCCUCAGCAUAUGACGUGGACAAUGAAUUGUUACCAUUCGCGUAUGCUAUUGUGAAAGGAGAGACUUAUGAGGAGUGGGCAUGGUUCUUAAACAUGAUAAAACAGAUAGUUGGUGCAAUCCAAUUAACUAUUGUGUCAGAUCGUCACAAUGCAAUAAUAGGAGCUGUUGGAGCAAUAUUUGGAGAGGUAGGAGGAGAUAGUGGUAUUAGUAAGGAAGUUGGAUUAAAGUUGCUUGAUGACAUUGCAUAUGCAAGGGUUAACAUUGAGUUUGAUAAGGCAAUGACAAGGAUGGGAAAUUUCAGUCCUCAGUUACUUCAGUGGCUUAACAAUCAUGGUGAUAUUCAUAAGUGGGCAAUGAGCAAAUUUGCAUAUAAACGGUGGGAUAACAUAACAACGAACAUUGCUGAGUCAUUCAAUGCUUGGAUUGUAAAGGAAAGGCAGCAUAAUGUUGCCCAACUUAUUCAUGAACAUCGUGAAAAGGUUGCAAGGAAGAUGUUCGCAGCAAGUGUGGCAAUGAGGAACGGGAGAAAUGGUGUGGGUCCAAACAUUGAUGGAAAAGUGAUGGAAAAUGUGGCUAGAUCGAUUCAUAUGCAUGGUGAACCUUAUGGAGGUGGCAGGGUCUGUGUACAUACUUCGCAUGGAGCCUUAUAUGUCAAUGUUCAGUCACAUGAAUGCACUUGUGCUGCAUGGCAAAUGACAGGGAUUCCGUGUCCACACGUUUGUGCUACAAUAAGGGUGGUUCAUGCAAAUGUGUAUGAUUUUGUGGAGGACUGUUAUAAAAUAACAUCUCAAGAGAAGAUUUAUGGGAACACCAUGAUUCUAGUAGUGACAAUUGACAGGCCUAAUCCUGAUGAUUAUAUGCUGCAAAAUAUAGGAAACCAAGUGUGGCUAUACCCACCCACAACUAGUAGACCUUCGGGAAGGCCAAGAAUUAGGAGGCGGGAAUCCCAAUUCCAAAACAGGAAGAUUUACCACUGUGGACAGUGUCAUGAAGUUGGGCACAGUAAAAGAACAUGCAGAAAUUCAAACCCAAGUUAA